AUGAAAAUAAAAGUCAUUAAGGGAGAGCAAAGUUUACAACAAUAUCCAAAACCAACGGCAAACAAAUUGGCACCAAAUGGCAGAUGUGGAACCGCUCCGGAUAUUGACAACGCAAAUGUUAUUUUGUCUAACAGCAGUACAGACAUUGGGGCUCGGGCUGACGUGAGCUGUUUCCAGGGAUACACUUCAAACAAAACCGUUCUUAAUUGCUUAGAGUCCCGUAAAUGGGAAACAACAGAAUGUACAGCAAUAGAAUCAAAGGAUUACGUAGUUCGCCUACCACAGGACUUUGACCCAUUACUUUAUGCUAUCGAAUUACAACCUGACAUCUACAAUAAUACGACUCCUGAUGAUUUUACUUUGAGUGGCUCUGUGACGAUACAAAUGAAUUGUUUGAUCGACACAAGUGUUAUAACUCUAAAUAUAGAUGGGCUGUCUUUAGACGGACCUAUCGUUGUGAAUCUCGAGGGAAGCUCAGAAAACUUGUACAAGAAAUAUGUGAUUGAGAGAGAGCUACAGUUUUUAUACAUCUUGACAAACCAAUAUCUUAAGGCGGGUAAAAAGUACGUGCUCAGCAUAAACAAAUUUGAUGGCUUUUUAUGUGAUCCCAUUUUUGAUGGAUUCUUUUACGCUUAUGAUGUGGAAGGAGGUAAAAAAGAGUAUUUUGCCGCAACCCAGUUUCAACCAAUAGCCGCAAGAAAAGCGUUUCCAUGCUUCGAUGAACCAGCGAUUAAAUCCCGCUACGACAUUACACUUGUUAGGAAGAAAUCUGUGUCAUCGUUAUCCAAUAUGCCACUUUCUAAUUCGACAAAUAGAGGUAAUGAUUGGAUAGCAGAUACAUUUGGAAGAACUCCAAAGAUGUCUGUGUACCUUCUAGCUUUCGUUGUUGGUAACUUUGAGCAUCUGGAAAAGACGACAGCAAAUAAUGUCACAUUUCGUACAUGGUCAAAACCUAGUGUUAUCAAUAAAACAACGUUCGCUUUAGAUCUAGGUGUAAAAUUGCAAGAACAUUUUGUAAAUUACUUCGAAAUAUCUUACCCACUUCCAAAGCAAGACAAUAUUGCGAUAUCAAAUUUCUAUGCGGGUGGAAUGGAGAAUUGGGGUCUUAUAAUAUAUGCCGACGAUGUGAUGCUGGUAGAUUUGGACACAGAUUCCCCUUCGUAUGUACAGUUUGCAGCAAGGCUAGUGGCCCACGAGAUUGCCCACACGUGGGUUGGUAAUUUAGUGACGACUCACUGGUGGGAUGAUAUUUGGUUGAAUGAAGGAUUUGCAACAUAUUACGAGUAUUAUGGUGUCGAUAAUGUUCAUCCCGAUUGGGGAAUGAGGGACCUGUUUAUCAGAGAGGUAGUACAAUUUGUUUUAUGGUAUGAUGGACUUGCAACAUUUACCCAUCCUCUACACAACCCUGUAUAUAAACCAAAGAACAUAUCCAAAGAUAUAUUUGACGAUAUCGCAUAUCUAAAGGGUGCAGCAGUAAUACGUAUGUUGAGUUUCAUGGUUGGCCAAAACACAUUUCAAAACGGAAUGAAAAAAUAUGUAAAGAAAAACAGUUACAAAGCAGUGACUAAUGAUGAUCUUUAUUCUGCUAUGGAAGAGCAAGCUAUAGCUGACGGCAGGAGUAUAACAAACAUAAAGGAAAUAAUGGACACGUGGGUUCUACAGAUGAACUAUCCUUUGGUCAAUGUUGAAUUUACAGUACAAGGAAAGAUAACUCUAACACAGGAAAGAUAUGACGGGGAACCUGGUGUGGAGGAUCCUGGGAAUUUUGUAUCCCCUUACGGGUAUUUUGUAGUCAUUGUUUUUUUUUUCUUAACGAAACAGCUUUUUAAAUGGAAACUACCUUGGUCAAAACAUGCAACACUUCCAAAACGUUAUCAUAGACACUUGGGGCGUGGAACU